GACUUCUUUUCUAAGACACGGCAGUUGACCCAUGAUAAAACGUUGUAGUCUACUUCUUACCAGCCAACAUACCAAUGAUGUUCGACUUAGUCUUGUCUUAUUUGAAGGAAAAAACAGCUGAUUUAUGUGUCUGGUUAUGCUCCAACAAGAAGACAAAGUGAAGUGAAAAAGGAAAGGAAAAGACGUACUUUGCAGAUGGGGAUUUGCUGGGGUUGUCCAACACCGAGCACCACUGCUCAUCUCAGUUCAGUGAUAUCUCAAACAACCAGCAACACAGCAUCCUCUGCUGCAACAUCUAGGGGCAGUAACAUGUCUGGGGACAGCGUGUUCUCGGCUUCCAGUGGCGAUGAGUCUUCUCCAAAUGACCACAUCUUGCCCACUCCUAACCUAAGGAUCUUCAGUUUUGCAGAACUGAAGUCUGCAACUAAGAAUUUUAGGUCUGACAUGGUACUUGGUGAAGGAGGUUUCGGUAAAGUCUUCAAAGGUUGGCUUGAUGAGAAAGCAUCAGGGAAGAGUGGAAGUGGAACCCUUGUUGCUGUUAAAAAGCUGAACCCAGAGAGCUUGCAAGGAUUCAAGGAAUGGCAGUGUGAGGUGAAUUUCUUAGGAAAAUUGUCACAUCCACACCUUGUAAGGCUGCUGGGAUACUGUUGGGAGGAUAAAGAGCUUCUUCUGGUGUAUGAGUUUAUGCAGAAGGGUAGCUUGGAAAACCAUCUAUUCGGAAGGGGUUGUACAUUUCAAUCGCUUGAUUGGAAUAUACGGCUUAAGAUAGUGAUAGGAGCAGCAAAGGGCUUAUGUUUCUUGCACACUGCAAACAACCAAGUAAUUUACAGAGAUUUCAAAGCCUCCAAUAUAUUACUUGAUGGUUCCUACACUGCCAAGAUAUCGGAUUUUGGGUUGGCCAAAUUUGGUCCAUCAGCUAGCCAAUCACAUGUAACAACAAGGGUCAUGGGUACAUGUGGUUAUGCAGCUCCAGAGUAUGUGGCUACAGGACAUUUAUAUGUAAAGAGCGAUGUGUACGGUUUUGGUGUUGUUUUAGUUGAAAUAUUAACAGGCUUGCGAGCGCUUGACCCGAACCGUCCAAGUGGACAAUGUAAUCUGGUGGACUGGGCAAAACCAUAUUUAUCUGAUAGAAGAAAGUUAAACAACAUAAUGGACCAAGGACUGGAUGGAAAAUAUCCUCCCAAAGCUGCAUUUCAAAUAGCCCAGCUUGCUUUAAAAUGCCUUGUACCUGAACCUAAGAACCGCCCAUCAAUGAAAGAAGUUGUAGAGACUUUGGAACAGAUUAAGUCAAUCAACGAAAACCCAAAAGAGCCAAGAAAUCGUUUUGCUCCCAGACACGGCAAGCAGUCACUGCCCCAUCGUUCUCCACUUGCUCCAAAGCAUGGGGUGAGAUAACUUACUUCAUCUAUGCAAAAUUGGUUGCAGGUCUCAAUAUUAAGAUGUCGAUUGUUUCUCAAACAUCUCCCAUUUCCUUAUUUUGUUCAAUAGUCUAGGAGUUUAUUUAAAUAGCACUUGUUUCAGUAAGUAUAGCAAGUUGUGCUUGAUAACUUGGUUAGAAUAGUUUCACCUACCGUAUUGCGCUGUUUGACACCACAAAUCCCUAUAUUUAUUGAUCACAAACAGUAGAGAUAAAAACCAAA